ACUAGUACAAUGUUAUCGGAUAUAUCCUAGUAAGAAUGGAAAUACACAAGGACAAAGCAGAAGGCCUACCCAAGACGACAGGAACAAUGUUUGGAGCGGAAGAUAUUCCAAAGAUUGAGGAGCUAUUUAGGGCUAAUGCCGGUGAAGGGUUGAACAUGGAGGAAUUUUGUGCAGCAAUGAAGAAGGUAUAUGGUGAUUCAGUGAGUGAAGAAGAAUUCAAGGUCCUCCACAUGAAGAUUAAUUCAAACUGUGCUAAAAAGGUGGCAUUUGCUGACCUAUUAAGCUACCUAUUCAACAAAAACAUUGCAAUGGAGAGUAUGGAUUAUAAAGAUCAGCCCUUUCAAAAAUCUUUCAAAAACAUACGGGUGCAUAGUCAUGAACCAAUUCUUCGUCUGUUAUUUCAACCUCACAAGGAUGACAUGGAUUCUGAGUCAUCAAAAGGACAAAUCAAGCCUUACCAGAAAGGUCAAUACCUCUCUGUCACCUCACAUGGUAUGUUGACCGUCUGGACAGAGUCCUUCAAGAAAACAUCAAAAUUUGAUUUAAACAAAACACAAAACAAGAUUCCUUUUUCAUCCAAGAAAAUGUAUGUUAAUGACAUGGUGUACAUAAAAGAACUCCAACAACUGGCAGUCAGUUGUAAGAGGGAAGAAGUGUUAUUCUUUAAUUGCAGUGAUUUCCAAGACAUUUCAGGAAUAAGUCACGCUUUGAUAAUCGAGGAGCACAAAGUAAAUACCAUGAACUACUGGUCCAAUGGCAAAAAAGCAUUGUUUUCCUUUGGUGAUGUAAAAGGAUUUUUGUCAGUAUUUAUCUCCUACGAUGUCAAGGCAAACGGUCUCUUCUGCAGAAAGGCAUACAAGAAAAUCUCUCUGAAGCGCUAUCCUACUGUUUAUGUUUCAGCCCUGUUAAAACAAUCCUCUGAAAACUUUUUAUGUAUCAAAGUCCCCAUUUUUGAUGAUAUAUGCAGUCAGAUCCAAUACUUCCCAACACUUGACUCAUAUGCCCUCUGCGGUAGUUCAUCCAAGACAAUGGUUAUGGUUUCCCUUCCUAAAUCAUCUGACACUCAAGUCUCUAAAACAGUCUUUAAGAGCAGUAGGUAUUGUAACUUUUUCACCUGUGUUGAAUACUCCCCUUCAGCUGAGUGUCUGUUGACUGGUGGUACAGAUGGCUUAUUGCGAGUGUGGUUUCCCCACAAAAGCCCAUUCUGCAAAAGGACAUUAACAGGACAUAUAAAACCCAUUACCCACAUCAUGUUCAAUUCAAGGGAAAGAAUGUUUGUCAGUUUAUCUCAGGACAAGAAUGUACGUGUGUGGGCCGAGAAUGGCUGGUACUGUUUACAAAGCAUCCAAGCUCAGGACAUAGGACACACCCCAAUCUCCAGUGUGUACUAUAACAUACACAACAAUGAAUUAGUCCUGGCUCACUCGGAUAUUGCAACAUGUAUGGGAAGAGGAACAGAUGUUUUUCAAAAUACAUUAACAUCCCAUGACAAGCCCCUGUGCAGUGCUCUGUAUCACAGUGAUUUCAAACAGGUCAUCUCGGUCUGCCAAAAUGGUGUGGUAACAGUGUGGGAUAUCUUGACGGGAAAGGUUGACAUGAGGUUCAAGGUCACUCCAGAAUAUUAUGUGGGGUUCACUGCCAUGGCAUUUGAUGGAGCACAGCGCAGACUAAUCACAGUCUCCCAGGAUAGAAAAGUGAGAUUGUGGAACUUUAACAAUGGCACAGAGCUUGGUGUUUUGCCUGUUAUCGUGCCAAAGGAAGUCACAGGUAUUGUCUGCUUAAACAACAGGGUUUUUGUGUCUGGAAAGAACUCCAAAAUCAUUUUGGACUUGGAUCUGAAGGGAUAUCACAAUAGAUUUUUGAAGCAUGAUUAUUUAGAUGACAUUUUGUCAAUGGAUGUACACCAAACCACAUUGGUUACCGCCUCCAGCAAUGGAAAUAUUGUUAUCUGGGAUGCCAGCGAAGCUAAGGCGGUCUAUUGGCUCAAUGCCAGUAUGAGCCCUCAAAUACAAUUGGCAGGCAAAGGAGCUCAGACCGGUAGUCUGCCUGUUGAGAGCAGCCAGAAGAAUGUCAGAGGCACUAAGAGAAGAGGUAUCCAAAAGCAUCUGCAAUCUGCAGCUCUGACCAAUACUAUGACUGAUAGUAAUAUCAGGCCUCUCGUGAUGUGUCUGAAGACCAGGAAGGUCAAAGGUGACACAGCCACACUCCUCACAUCUGCAGAUGGCUACAUUUAUGCCUGGUCUGUUAUUAAAAAUGGAGGUCUGUUAGCAAAGUUCAGGGCAGUGAAUGAUGAAGGUGCAGUCAUUACCACCAUGUCAACUGAUGUCAAAGAACACGUAUUACUGGCUGGGGAUAGUACCGGAAGGGUUUAUAUGUGGGACAUUCAGGAAUUUGGUUUUGCAAGACAGGUAGACAAAGGGGCAUCUGAAGUCAUAAAUGGGAGGCGUGUGUCAUUGUGUUCACCUCCGCUGUUAAGUACCUGGCAAUCUCACCUCACAAAGGUGGUGAGUAUCAAAUGUGACCCUGUUUGUGAAAACGUAAUUACUGCAGGGUUGGACUGCAAAGUUCGGCUAUGGACAAACACAGGUUGUUGCACAGGCCUCUUUGGCAAAGACAAAUGGGAUGCCAUGCAACCUACCAGCAAAGAGAAUGCCGACCAGGAGCAGACAGGGGGACCAGCCACAGCUGAGAACUCUGAAACACCAUUCCCUAAGUCUCCAUCACCACCAAGAAACUAUGAUAAACUCCUUCAGAGAACUGACCUGGCACUCAAACCAAAAGUACCCUUGCGUGUAUUACUUGCAAGAGGCAGAGAGCUGCUAAAGCCCGAAUUCGCCCAAGACAAAGUCAACCUCAAAAAUAUUAAGAGUCAAUUCAAAGUACAUCCACCUCAGACCCGACCCAUCACACGUGGUACUGACCCUACACAAAGCUCUCCUCAGAAAGCACACUUUCCACAAUCGAACCAGGUUAGGUGCAAAUUUGGUCGUGUACUCAAGUUUCCACAAAAAGACACACUAAAAGGCAGUGUCCUCAUACCACAGCCACCAGACACCCCACCAGGCAAGCAUUUGUACUUUCCACCCAUUCCCAGAAGGGUUCAACUAACAGGACAUCAGGCUCAGUUCAGGCAAAGUCAACCUCAAAAAUAUUAAGUCAAUUCAAACUACAUCCACCUCAGACCCUACUCACCACAGAGCGCACUAAUGCUACAAAGAGCUCACCACACAUGCAGCGAUUAGUCAAUACAGUCAAGCGGGGAUCUCUUCAGACAUCAAAGCAUGUGUACUUCCCACCCAUCCCUCAUUAGGUUCAGCUCACAUAUCAUGAAACCCAGUUCAAGCCACAUCCACCUCAGACCUGGCUCGCUACAGGCCUCAUUAACACUGCAAAGAGCUCACCAAGAUUCAGCCAGUUAAGAUGUUAAAGUGAGGUCUUCCUACAUUGUCCAACAACCACACCUGUCAUUUAAAACUGCUGGCUUAGACAGCACUGUUUUCUACUAUGUAAGGUUUUCUCCGGGUGCUCCGGUUUCUUCCUACGCUUCUUAGUAAAUUAUAAAAAAAAAAAAAAAAAGAACCUAAAAUAAAAUAAAAUAAAAAAUAGAUUUGAGUAUUUGAUUCAUUGAACAGUUUCCAUCUAAGUACUUUAAGUACUCUUGAUUUUAGUUAUGUCUGUGUUUAUAAAAAAAAGUUCCUUGAUGCAUGUUAAACACCCCAGGUAUUUAACGAAUAUUCUCAGCAAAAAAUACAUGUUAAAAAAUAUAAUGUUAGUAAUACAGCCCAACAAUUUGAAGUCAUGACUGUGGAUAGUAAGAUGUUAAAGUGAGGUCUUCCUACAUUGUCCAACAACCACACCUAUCAUUUAAAACUGCUGGCUUAGACAGCACUGUUUUCUACCAUGUAAGGUUUUCUCCGGGUGCUCCGGUUUCUUCCUACACUUCUUAGUAAAUUAUAUAUAAAAAAAGAACCUAAAAUAAAAUAAAAUAAAAAAUAGAUUUGAGUAUUUGAUUCACUGAACAGUUUCAUUAACAGGAAUGUCUGAGUUUGCUAUUGGCCAGUGUUUUUGCACCACCAUUCUUAUUGCCUUGUGAAUAACUGAAAAGGUUCACCUUUAUAAAAAUUCUUAUGAGAAUGAUUUCACACAGAAAAAUUACCGUGGAUGUCUCCAUUUCUUGAUAUUGGUUUUGGGUAACUGGUUCUCAAGGGUUCAGGGAAGAAGGUAGGACUGUUGAAUGACUUCUGAAGAAAAAACUGAGUCACCACUGUUUAGCAGAGUCUUACUUCCUGGCCAAUAACUUUUAAGAAUGGCAAGAAAUGGCAAGAAACGGCAACGAGGGCAUUUAUUUUUAUUAAUCAAAUUGAAGACUGACCUGACAGCACAUCUUUUUGCUGAUCAAUUUUGUGUUGUUGGCAGAACCAAAACAUAGCUGGACACCAGCUAAGUACUUUAAGUACUCUUGAUUUUAGAGUAAAUUAGGCAACUUCUGCUGACAUGAAGCUUAGUUAUUGCUUUUUACAAACACUGUGCUUACAUUAACACGAAUUAAAUCAAAUGAUUAAUUGCUGCGUUUAAACAAACAUGUUAUUGUCACUUGUUGAUGAAAUCACUUAUUUAUCUCAGUUUACAGGAGCAGACAUCUAUGGUAAUUUAGAAUGCCUCCAGGGUGCCAAUCAACCUUUUUCUGACAGGGGCUUGUGUAGAAAUGUUUAUGGGUGAAACUUCCAGUGAGACGGCAGAGGAAGCAGUACCCUAGUUACACUAGUUCAUUUUACUGCUUUGUUCUUUAACCAGAUAUUUAUGUAGGCUAACACAAAAGGUCUUUGCAGAGUUCUGGUAUGUAUUGCGCUGUUUGCAGUUGUACCAACAACCAGAUGAAGCUAAUCUUGGGGCCGCAACAACACUGUGUUGAGCAUGCUCACAGAGUGAAAAAAGAUUGUUACUCUGACCGACAGCUCCUUUUCCAUUGCCAUUUCCAUUGAGAAAUCUAAUGGAAUCUGGCUGAAAACCCUGAACUUGAAGAGACCAUUCAAAACAUUAUAUGUGUACUCAUUUCAUUUUGUUGACAAAAAAAAAAACACAAAAAAAACUGAACUGAAUGACAGCAGUGUCGGUAGAACAUCAAGUUCACGCAUCAUGCAUCAUGCAUCAUGCAAUGUCAUAUUGUUUUUUCUGGUACAUGCAGCCAGCAUGUUUAAUUAUUUUCUGUUGUGGCAGUUAAUGGCACAAGGUGUGAGGCAGCAUAAUACUGAAAAUGGUUUAAGUGCAGUUAUGUCUGUGUUUAUAAAAAAAAGUUCCUUGAUGCAUGUUAAACACCCCAGGUAUUUAACAAAUAUUCUCAGCAAAAAAUACAUGUUAAAAAAUAUAAUGGUAGUAAUAUCUAAAGUCCAGGAGGAUGCCAAUCUUCAAAUUUUUCAAUCAUGUCUACCUAUGAAUGACUGCACAAGAAGUCAUUUGUGUGACUAGUUUUCAGUUUCAACUCACACAGUUAUGCUUCAUCACUGAACUAAUGAAGCCAAUCAGUUAACUAAACGUAAUUUUUCUACUUCUAAACUCAGACAAAACCAAAAUUAUUAUGCUGGGCCCUAAACUUCGUAGAAAACAUUAAUUUAUGACGUAUCUAGCCCAGAACCUUGGCCGCAAGCUCCACCAUAAGGAAUCUGGGAUUUAUUUUUGAUCAGGAUAUGUCCUUUAAUUCACACAUAGCUCAAAUUACUACCUUCUUUCACCUAUACCUAUCACCUAUAUUUUACAUAGUUUUUUAGUUCUUUCUAACUUAAAAAAUAUUGUUGGUUGACUUAAAGAUUUUGAGGUAAUCAGUUUCCACAUAAGUUUUGAGUACUCUGAACUUGUUUGGGUUUACAGUGUACAUAACAUUGUAAAAAUUAGUCAUACCUGUCUCAGAAGUAUGCAGAAAAAUGAGUCCAUUUGUUACUUCCAGGAAAGCCUCUCCAGUUAAUCCAAAAUGCUGCUGCAUGCAUACUCUCAAGAACUUGCAUAAGAGAUCACAUUUCUCCUGUAUUGGCUUUUCUACACUCUACAAUCCAGAAUAAGACGUAAAAUUCUUCUCCUUCUAACAUACAAAGCCCUUAAUGGUCAGGCACCAUCUUAUCUGAAAGAGCUAGUGGCCUAUUAUCUGACUAUCACUCUACACUUCCAGCUCCUGUCUAGUGGAAUCACCGUCCAGCUUAUGUUUAACCUCUCUGCUAUUACUACUCUUUCUAUGCAUCUCUGUUCGUGCGCAUCCUCUCCCCGACUCUCUCUCUCUCCCUUGCUGUCACGUUUACACUCUCUCUUUCUCUCUCAACCCAACCAGUCAAGGCAGAUGGCUGCCCAUCGAGAGCCAGGGUCUGCUUCGAGGCAAGGUUUCCAAGGAAAACAACAGCACAGUACAACAGACUUAACAUACUUGCAGAUUGAUAGCUUCAGGGGAACUUGUGAAAGUCAUUAAUGUAUUAUCCGUGUGUAAUGUCAGAGGAUUGACUGUAUAUAGAGGUAGACAAGCUCCCCAGAAGGGAAGCCAAAAUAUCUCAAUCCCCCCGGAAGCAGGGUCUAGUGCAAGUCAUAUGAGUUGACUGACAGUGAGAUCUAUUUAGGAAGCAAUCAUAAAAUUGAUGUGUAUAAGCCACAUAAGAUUUAUUUUCCAACUCAUUUGGUAUCAAGGAAACAUGUUUGGUCAAAAGCUGUUCAUACUGCUGUGGUUGUAUCCUACUCUGUGUGUUUUAUAAGUCCAUUAAGUCCAUUAAAAACUGU